CAUUUAGUUUCACAGAAUGCCAUUAUUAGACAGUCUCUAUCUGAUUGUUGGAAAUUAUUCAUUUCCUCAAAGAGAGAGAAUAAAUUGGCUGGGGAUACAAUCUUACACAAUUCACUUUCUUUGCCAAAGGCAAUAGCUGAGCAUUUCAGAGCCACGAGAAUGCUUUUGUUUUUGACUUUUCUGGCUCUUGGAGCUGCCAACACCGGUGCCAUUGCCUUAGAAAGUCCCUUGAAGAGGCUGGUGGCAGAGACCUUGACACUGCUCUCCGCUCAUCGGACUCUGCUGAUCGGCGAAGGGAACCUGAUGAUUCCUACUCCAGGACAUAAAAAUUACCAACUGUGUAUUGAAGAAGUCUUUCAGGGGAUAGACACACUGAGGAAUCAAACUGCAGAAGGGAACGCCGUGGAAAAACUGUUCCAAAACUUGUCUUCAAUAAAAGACUACAUAGAUGGCGAAAAAAAAAAGUGUGAAGGGGAACGGUUGAGAGUAAAAAAGUUCCUAGACUACCUGCAAGUAUUUCUUGGCGUGAUAAACACUGAGUGGACAAUGGAAAGUUGAGACUCAACGGGCUUGUGGUAGUGAUAAAGGAUGUUUUAUUGCCAUGAGAAUGAGGGCCAACCAAGGGCAGGGCCUUCCUCUUCAGUGUAAUUAAGCUUCCGAAGCAAAGUAGCAAGCAUUUCAGGCGUACUGCUGCUUCACUACCUCACCUAGGAGGCAGAAAACAUCAAAACAAAACAAAAUAUUCUAGAUAUAUUUCAGAUUCAGGAAUCAGGAAAGUAUUCGCUCCAGCCCAAAUGGUUGUAUACUUUUUUUCUUUUAUCUUAUUUAAAUACAACAUUUUGUAAAAUGUCUAUUAACUUAAUAUUAUUUAUGAAAUCACUAAGAAUGUGGAAAAUUACUAUUUAUUUCAUGUCAGGCUGUGUUCCAAUAAAACAAAAAUAACAACUCUGGUUCAAUUUGUUGCUGGCCUUUGUCUUAUUCUUGAAGUGAGCACAAGACUGUGUGAGAACAGGCUAUGUGCGG